GCUUCCGCCCCGCCGCCUCUUGCUCUCCCCAGCAGAGGAGGAAGAGCCCUCAGCAUUCAGCCCAGUCAAGUGAACAACAAGCCUGGCACAGAGGAAAUUGUAUAGUGUGUGAAUGGAGCAGUGUGCGAGUACGGCCUCCCUGCUGGCCUCCGUGCGGGAGCAGGAGAGGCAGUUUGAGAUGCUGAGCCGAGCUCUGGAGGAGGAGCGGAGGUCGUGCGCCGGCACUUUGCCCCGCCCCCUCCCCAACAUGCAGAACGGCCGCCUUCCUUGUGAUGCAGACGUAGAGAGGCUAACACUUAACGAGAGUUACGUCAACGGGACACAUCACUUCAGGAUGGAGCCUGGUCAGAUGGUGCAGGAGACAUACACAGUGGAACAAGAGCCCCAGGAGUCCAACCCUCCGGUAUCUGUGGAAACCAACGAUGAUGGCACUACAAGACGCAUAGAACCCCUGGUAAAAAAAGUAGUGAUGCCCACUACCACCCGCACAGUCAUCCCCUCCGUAUCCGACACACUUUCCUUGGAUGGUGGGGGUUCGGCGACUGGCGUGGGCGCCUACAUCCCACCCAUGGACCGGGGCUACAGGCAGGCACCUGGAGUAGGUGUACCCAUGGAGUACCCCACUCACACCGUGCCACGCAACUACCAAUAUGGACCUCCAGGGGGCUAUGAGGACUACCGUGCUGGACCCCCGUCUGAAACAUACGCAAGCCUCAGCAGGGGUGCUCGCGUGGACGAUCGCUAUAGACCAGUCCAUCCAGAUGGUUAUCGAACUCUGGAUCCAAGCUACAGAGCACCCAGCAGGAAUCAGAUUGACCCCUAUGCUGCUCAACCACAGGUUGGACGAAUGGGAAGUGCAGUGGAGCUCUCUUCAAUCCCAAGGUUCGUUCCCGAGUCAUAUGGACUGGAGGAUGAUCGCCGAAGUAUGGGCUAUGAUGAGGCUGACUAUGGUAUGGGCCAUCCAGUGCACUACAGCACUGUGCCCCGUAACCACCAUGGCUUUCCCCAAGGGCCACCACGUAGGACUGGGAGUUACGAGGGCACGCUGGAUGGUGAUAUGAGUGGUCCAGGGGACAUGUACUAUUGGGGAGGUGGUGUCCCUAAGGCACAGGGAGAAAGAGGAAGCAUGGCUUCAUUGGACAGCACUCUGAGGAAAGGCCCCGGCCCAGGUGGCUGGCGUCAGCCUGAGUUGCCAGAGGUUGUUGCCAUGCUCAACUACAGGCUGGAUCCAGUCAGGAGCAAUGCUGCUGCAUACUUGCAGCAUCUCACUUAUAAGAAUGAUAAGGUGAAGUCAGAGGUUCGACGUCUGAAAGGAAUCCCAGCAUUGGUAUCAAUGCUUGACAACCCAAACAAAGAUGUGCAUUAUGCAGCCUGUGGAGCGUUAAAGAACAUUUCAUUUGGUAAAGAUCCAGACAACAAAAUUGCCAUCAAGAACUGUGAUGGAGUGCCUGCCCUAAUUAGGCUUUUGAGAAAGACCCAUGACCAGGACCUUACCGACUUAAUCACAGGGACACUUUGGAACCUUUCAUCCCAUGACUCUGUAAAAAUGGAAAUUGUGGACCACGCAUUACACGCCCUCUCGGAUGAAGUGAUGGUACCUCGUUCAGGCUGGGAACGCGGGAGCAAUGGCGGUGGAGGGGAGGAAAAUUGUAAGCCCAGGCACCUGGAGUGGGAGACAGCUCUCACCAACACAGCGGGCUGCCUGAGAAAUGUGAGUUCGGAGCGAAGUGAAGCAAGGCGGAAGCUGAGAGAGUGCACAGGAUUAGUGGAUUCUCUCAUGUACAUCGUCCAGUCCCAAAUUGACUGUAAAGAUGUCGACAACAAGCUUAUAGAGAACAGUGUGUGUCUGCUGAGAAACCUAUCCUAUCAUGUGCAUCGUGAAAUCCCCGGCUGUGAGCGUUACCAAGAAGCUGCACCUGUCAACCAGGGCCCGGCCCCAUCCAGCCAGAAGAGCGGUUGUUUCAGCUCGCGCAAGAAUAAAGAUGAGUGGUUUUCCAAAGGAAAGAAAGAUGAGGAUGCGGCUGCAGACACAAUAGAUAUUCCAAAGAGAACAACACCGGCUAAAGGCUAUGAGCUGUUGUUCCAACCAGAGGUGGUUCGCAUCUAUACCUCUCUGCUGAAGGAGUCGAAGAACCCCACUGUGCUGGAGGCCUCGGCAGGAGCUGUUCAGAAUUUGUGCGCUGGACGUUGGACGUAUGGCCGGUACAUCCGUGCCCUGCUACGCCAGUAGAAAGGUUUGCCCAUGAUGACUGAACUGCUGGCCCACGGCAACGACCGAGUGGUUCGAGCGAUGUCGGGUGCGCUUCGUAACCUGGCGAUUGAUGCUCGUAACAGAGACCUACUAGG